CAAGAAAUGCGUCGGGCUGAGACUGCGGCAAAAUGGAUGGCACGCCGGAGAUUCUGGAGACCCGCUUUGGGCUGGAGCAGCGCUGCAGCUUCCGACACCCGGACUUGUAUGACGAAGAGGUGCCGGAGGUGGACCUGGAGACGGUGAUCGCUUUCCCCGAGCUGGGUGCGGAGUGCGGGCUCUGCAGCUUCCUGCUGCUGGGGGAUCAGAACGCCGGGAAGUCCACGAUGCUCCACAGCUUUUGCCGCAGUGGUGAUUUGGGCUUCAUGCAGCUUUGCUCUUUGCUGCCGAUUUUGGCCAGCUCCUUCGUCAACACCCGCAUGGUGCCGGACAGGCUCCUGGACCCCAACGCGCCCUUGAGUGCCGUGAGGGACGAGCUGCCCUACAUGGACACGGACAUCGCGCGGGGCCUCGUGAUGCUGAGCCUCGAGAGCUUCGGCUUCUUCUGCCAGGAGUUCGGCCUUUGGACCGGGGAGGAGCUGCCCAGCUUCCUCAGUUUCGGGCCGGAGGUGCGCUUUGUGGCCCUGCACUUCACAGAGCUGGGGGGGGAUCACCUGGACCGCCUGCUGCAGUUCCAGGAAGAGGCGCCCGCGGAAAGCGCGCAGGAGGCCUUUUGGGCGCAGAUGCACGAGGUGAUGCUGGGCUCGCUGCGUUUGCUGAAGGAGACCAACCGCACCGUUUUCUUCAUCAACUGCGCCACGCUCUUCCCAGGCGGAGCCCUGUCGGCGGCAGCGCUGAGGCAAACGCUGAGGAAGCUGAAGUUUCUGGAUGGGGCUGCUCCUGGAGUGGAGCUCCUCUUCUACUGUGCCCGCCUCUCGGAGGUGCCGAUGGACGCCACUGGCUUCGAACGCCGCGCGGGGGAGAGCUGGCGGGAGGCCCACGCCGUGGCGCAGAGCUUCGCGGAGUGCGCCCGGGAAAUCCGAACCCAAAACUCCGAAUGCGCGGGUGGUGCAGCCGUCACGAUUCCCGAUCUGCCAUUGCUUCAUUGGCAGCAUGAGGACCUGGCGCCGGCGCUGGCGGAGGUGGCGCCGGAGGAGGUCCAGGAGCUGAGGGCGGAGGAGCGAGCUGCCGGUCCGCUGCUGGCGUGGUUGCACAACUUCUUCGCGGCGGUGCUGCCGGCUUUGUGCCCCAAUCUGCGACUGGUGGCGGUGGCCCCGGUGAGGAACUACCGCGGGGCUUCGGCCGGGGAGCGCGUCUUGUGCGCUGCCUCAGUGGCCCGGAACGUGGCCAUGCUGCUGCGCCGCGCCGAGCGGGGCCGAGGCCAGGCCGCCGUCGCCACCGUGGCGGAGGAGGUCUUGCGCUGCGCGCGGAGGAUGAGGCAUUUUGAGGGCGAGACGUUGCACGGGUGCUGGGUGACGCCUGGGGACCUCGCCAGACACUUGGAGGAGUGCGAGGCGGAGCAGCUGCCGGUGGCGCUGCCGGAGGUCUCCGUGGCCGCGUUGUGGGGGAAGGCCGCCGAGCUGCUGCUGGGUUUGGGCCUAUGUACAGAGCUGGCCGGCGGGAGCUUGCCGAAGGUGGUGCUGGAGCUCGUCGGCCCCGGAACCACCUGCCGGCUCUGGGCGGAGCCGCCGGCGGAGGCUCCGGCGGAGGCCGACCCCUCGCAGCCCCUCUUCAUCACCCGCGGUUCCAAGCGCGCGGCAGGCGAUUCCAGGUCCAGCGGCGCGGCGGCUUUGUGCGCGGCCUGGGACGCGGAGCUCUUCGAGCUCGGCACCUCGGCGGCGGCGCUGCAGACUUUGGCGGCGGAGAGCUUCGGGUUCCGGUCGCCGGAGGCUUUAGCGCGGCUAGGGGCCAUCCGCGCACGGCUGCGGCAAAGUCUGCGGCGCUGGCUGGGUGCGCGAGAGGUGGGUCCGCUGCUGCGCUGCGCCGCCGACCUCUGGCAGGCCGAGCGCCUGGCGGAGGCCGAUGAGUCCGAGCGCGAGGCCAAGCGUCCAUGCCUCAGUUGGCCAGAGGUGCCGGUACCGCAGCUUGCAGCGGAGCUGCGGGCGAAAGCCGGCGGCGGCGACUCAUCGGGUGAAAGCCGCGUGCGCGUGGAGGAAGGUCCUGCAGUCUCGAGCGCGCAAAACUCGUGGCCCUGCGUGCGUGUACACCUCACAGGGUGAAGAUGGCACAAGUCUGUA